CCACGUGUACACGCUCCUCGCUUUAGCUUUAAAACGUUCAAGACCUUCUUCUUAUGCAACAGUACAUUGAUGCUCCACUAAACCAAACGCCGAAAGAUCACUACUAACUUUUUAACGGUAACCAACACAAUUAUUAUCGCUCACUCUCACUGUCUCUGAAAAUUCUUCAUCAAUGGCGGAAAAUUCCGGUAGGAAGCUUAUCGUGGAGGUUUGCAGCGCCAAGAAUUUGAUGCCGAAAGAUGGCCAAGGAACCGCAAGUGCUUAUGCCGUUGUGGAUUUCGAUGGCCAGAGAAGAAGAACAACUACCAAGUCCAGAGAUCUCAACCCUCAAUGGGACGAGAAGCUCGAGUUUAUUGUUCAUGAUAAAGAUUCAAUGGCUUCAGAGACGUUAGAGGUCAAUCUCUAUAACGAUAAGAAGCUGGGGAAGCGAAGCACUUUUCUCGGAAAAGUGAAAAUCUCAGGAAGCAGUUUUGUGAAGUCUGGUACAGAAGAGAUUGUGUACUAUCCGUUGGAGAAGAGAAGCGUGUUCUCUCAGAUCAAAGGAGAGUUAGGACUCAAAGUGUCUUACGUUGACGAUGAUCCACCGCCACCGCCGUCAGCCGAUGCCGAUGGCGAGCUGAAGGCAGAGACCGCACCUCCGCCGGCGGCGGAAAGCACAAAAGAAGAAGAGAAGAAAGAAGAAAAAUCAGAAGAGAAUAAGCAGGAUGAGGAGAAGAAGGAAGAAGAACAAAGCAAACCUCCUGAAGAAGAACAGGAAAAGGCGAAAGCUCCACCGGAUAAUCCAAAGCCAAAGGAGGAGGCUCCGGCAGAGGCGGCACCACCACAACCGGAGGCAGAAGUGCAGAAUCUGGCAAAACCACAAAAGGAGAAGCAUAUUGAGAUAAUAAAGCGAGCUGAGAAUAAUCAUCUGAGCGUGAACGAUCAUGAACUACGGUCUUUGAGCAGCGAUCGUAGUCGCAGCACUUACGAUCUUGUGGAUCGCAUUCCAUUCCUCUACGUUCGCAUGGUGAAGGCAAAGCGAGCAAACAGUAGUGAAAGCGGUUCAAAGGUUUAUGCCAAGCUCGUGAUCGGAACACACAGUGUGAAGACGAAGAGCGAAAGUGAAGACAAAGACUGGGAUCAGGUUUUUGCUUUUGAUAAAGAAGGACUUAAUUCCACGUCGUUGGAGGUUUCAGUGUGGUGCGAGGAGAAGAAAGAAGGUGAAGAGAUCACCGAGAAUUCACUCGGAACGGUGUCGUUUGAUUUGCAAGAAGUGCCUAAGCGUGUGCCGCCGGACAGUCCUUUGGCUCCCCAAUGGUACACUCUGGAAUCUGAUACGUCGCCAGGAAAUGACGUCAUGCUGGCCGUGUGGAUUGGGACGCAGGCUGACGAAGCGUUUCAAGAGGCGUGGCAGUCUGAUUCCGGCGGUUUAAUACCGGAGACUAGAGCUAAAGUGUAUCUUUCCCCAAAGCUUUGGUAUCUGAGAGUAACGGUCAUCCAGACGCAGGACUUGCAGCUAGGUUCGGGAUCCGAGCCUAAGCUUAGGAGUCCAGAGCUUUACGUAGUGAAGGGUCAACUCGGCGCACAGGUUUUCAAGACUGGAAGAACAUCGGCUGGCGGCUCAGCAGCGUCAAGCUCGGCUAACCCAACAUGGAAUGAAGACCUUGUAUUUGUUCACGUGAUCGACGAAGCAACUCACGUGACUAGCGACGCUCGUGCAUCGGCCAAACAACUAUGCAAGGCUCCAAUUGGUUUGCUUGAGGUGGGAAUUCGCGGCGCCACUAACCUCCUCCCCGUGAAGACCAAGGACGGAACACGUGGUACUACCGAUGCUUUCGCGGUGGCCAAAUAUGGACCCAAGUGGAUCCGAACCCGAACCAUCAUUGACCGGUUUAACCCGCGAUGGAAUGAACAAUACACGUGGGAUGUUUAUGACCCUUGCACAGUCCUAACAAUUGGUGUGUUCGAUAACGGAAGGUACAAGCGUUCUGAAGAGGGGAAGCUGAAUAAAGAUGUUAGAUUGGGGAAAAUUCGCGUGCGUUUGUCCACGUUGGACACCAACCGGGUUUACGUUCAUUCCUACUCUCUAACCGUUUUGCUGCCAAGUGGAGCCAAGAAGAUGGGAGAGAUAGAAAUUGCAGUGAGAUUUUCAUGCUCGUCGUGGUUGAGUUUAAUGCAGGCCUAUACAAGCCCAAUUCUUCCAAGAAUGCAUUAUGUGAAACCAUUCGGCCCAGCCCAACAAGAUAUUCUACGUCACAUGGCUAUGAGGAUCGUGACGGCUCGAUUGGCCCGGUCUGAACCGCCCUUGGGUCAUGAGGUGGUUCAGUUCAUGUUAGAUUCAGACACUCACGUGUGGAGCAUGAGACGAAGCAAGGCGAAUUGGUUCAGGGUGAUUAGUUGCAUCUCACGCGCCGCGUCUCUGGCGCGUUGGUUUGACGGGAUCCGAAGGUGGGUGCAUCCUCCCACUACUAUUCUAAUGCACGUGCUUCUUUUGGCAAUAGUCUUCUGCCCUUCUCUCGUUCUACCCACUGCAUUCAUGUAUUGCUUCUUGAUUCUUCUGUUGAGAUUCCGUUACCGGCAGAGGGUCCCACAGAGCAUGGAUCCGAGGGUUUCGUGUGUGGACAUGGUGAGUUUGGACGAGCUGGAUGAGGAGUUUGACGGGUUUCCGACGACGAGGUCCCCGGAGGUGGUGCGGAUCAGGUACGAUAGGGUGCGGGCGCUUGCGGGGAGGGCGCAGACUUUGCUUGGUGACGUGGCAGCUCAGGGAGAGCGAUUGGAAGCUUUGUUCAGUUGGCGGGACCCAAGGGCGACGGCGAUGUUUGCCGUUUUGUGCUUCGUGUUGUCGUUGGUGUUCUACGUGGUGCCGUUUAAAGGUUUUGUGUUGGGAGCUGGUUUCUAUUACUUUCGCCAUCCAAGGUUUCGUGAUGACAUGCCUUCGGUUUCUGCCAACUUUUAUCGAAGACUUCCUUCUCUUUCUGAUCAGAUUAUCUGAUAUAUAGUGGUAUUUUAUUUAUUAAUUGGUUUAUUUAUUUGAAAACAGUAUGAAAUAUCAAUAUAUCAUAGUGUAUUAGCACUGAUAUUGAAUUAUUGAUAAAUAUAAAUAUAGAUUUGAGCUGAA